UAUGUAUGUACGUAUUAUGCACGUGUAUAUACAUGAUACACUCUAUGCGGCUCUGGCUCUAAGCUUUGAUUUGAUAUGAAAUCUGCGUGAUGAGAAUAGAGAGAGAAUAUCUCCUUCGGGCCUCGGGGUUGAGUGGAGUGGACGUGUUUUGUCCCUAUAUAAAUUUUUGUAUUGCGUCAUUAUGCUUUUUUUUUUUAAUUCUUCUUACAAUCAUUUACCGAAUUGAGUCGUGGUCUGUUUUAGCACUGUCUGAUAGCGACCAAUAAAAGGAGUAGUAGUGUAUAGAGCGUGAUGAAAUGACAGAUACUCCCUGCCAACGUACCUCUUUAGCUUAUGCCUCUUUCCUCCUAGUUUCAAGUUCUGUGGCAUUAUUGAAAAGAUCUAGCAUAAGAUUUCAGUGAACAUACGUGAACAUACUUGAUGCUAAAAAUUUACUUCUUGGAAGUGAAUGUGUCAAAUUCAAGAUGGACCAAAGAGAUCGCGAACAGGUAGAUCGCUGUUGCGAGAGCAUAGUGCCCAAAAUUAAUAUGACAAAACUAUUACCAAAAUUACUGGACAACAAGGUUUUUAAUAGGGAUGAUGUAAAUCUUCCACGAUGGAUGGUGAGUUUUAGCUACGAGAUAUUACGCAGUUCUAUGUUCAAAAAUCUGGAGCUACGAGAUACAGUGAAAGAUAUAUAUCUAACUAUUAAAACACGAGGACCAAAUGCAUUUAAAAAUUUCAUUCUUAGUUUAAGACAGUCUGACCAUGAAAACGAAGCCAAUAUAUUGGAAGGAAUAAGUAACACAAAUACUAAUAUAAAGCAGGAAGAUCCAUUGUGUCAUCACAUUUGGUCUGAUGAACCUUUAACGAUCAAAGUACAUAAAGCUACAAGAUUCUUAGAUUGUGAAUAUGAUGUUAUUGAGCGAUACCCUAUGCGAAGUAGACCUCGUGGAUUAGUUUUGAUAAUCACAAAUAUUUAUUACGAAUUAUCAUAUGAGAAACAUAGAUUUUCAGCAAAACAUGAUAAAGAUAAUUUGAAGAAAUUGUUUGAGGAAAUGGGUUUUACGGUCAUUACAUAUAGAAAUCUAAAAGGACAGGAAAUGAAAGACAAAAUUCAAGAAUUUUCCAAAAGGGAAGAUUUAAGGAAGGUAGAUUCAUGUUUUGUAAUCAUUACAAGCCAUGGUACAGAGGAUGAGGAGAACAAUACUGAGAUUCAGGGAACUGAUUAUCAUAGCGCAAGACAAACCAAUUAUGAAAAACUUCUGUGUACAGAAGUAUGUGAUUACUUUACCACAGAAGCUUGUCCGCAACUUGCAGAAAAACCAAAGAUAUUUAUUUUUCAACUUUGUAGAGGAAAGAAAAAACAGAAAGGUGUAGCUCACGGCAGAAUUACUACAGACACUUGUGUUUCUGUAAAGCCAACGACUAAUACCAAUCUGGAAAUACAACAUAUUCAAACAAUAAGGAAUUAUUCAGAUAUGCUUGUUGUUCAAUCUACUUUACCCGGACAUGUUUCUUAUCGAGAUUCUGUAACUGGUAGUUGGUUCAUACAGAUUCUUUGUAAAAUAUUUAUGAAUCACGCUCAUACGAAUCACGUUCAAGACUUAUUUAGCAUGAUUGAUGCAGAGUUGAAACAUCUUAGAACAACAAACAAUGAGUGUCAAACGUCAUCCAUACAAUCAUUGGGAUUUAAUAAACAUUGUUAUCUAAAUCCUGGUCUUUUCAUGGAAUCAUAAUGAAAAAGAACAAGUGGUGUCUCAAUGCUCCAAGGAUUAUAUUAUACGCAAUAUUUUCAUACAAUUCUAAGUAUUUUAAUGCGUUUAAUUGUCAGUGCCAUUUCAUAUAAUCAAUGUAUAAAAUAAAUGUAAUGUUUAAUUUAUA